AUGUCACCAAAGGAUAGUCCUCCAACUGAAUACACGCCCCGAGCAUGGCUAGUUAUAUUAGGCGCCUUCACUUGUACCUUUUGCACCGUGGGGUUUAUGAACUCGUUCGGUAUCUUCCAAGAGUACUACACAAAAAACCAGCUAUCCUCAACCUCGACAUCUACCAUCGCAUGGAUCGGAGCUGUGUCAAUAUUCUUUUUGUUUGCUAUAUCUGUCGUGGCGGGAGCAAUGCUUGAUAUCUUUGGACCAACGUUCAUGGUAUAUGUUGGUUCAUUCGGGUGUGUUUUUGCAAUUAUGAUGACUUCACUAUGCCAGGAGUUCUAUCAAUUCCUCCUCGCUCAGGGUAUUCUGUUAGGUGUCUCCAUGGCUAUGGUGACAUGGCCGAUGCUCGCACUGGUCGGACAAUAUAUAAAAGUGAAGCGUGCUGCCGCGAUGGGGAUUGUGCUUGCGGGUUCAUCGCUCGGCGGAGUUAUCUGGCCCGUUGCAAUCGACAGACUGAUCAAUAAGCCCAAGAUUGGGUUUCCCUGGACCAUGCGAAUCGUCGGAUUUAUCAUGAUUCCUUGCUUUAUCUUCUCUUGUGCAGUCGCCAAAUCUCCGAAUACGCCUGCAAUCAAUUUGGAGAGUCGUGAUUCAAACCAGAAAAGUGACGAAGAUACCGCGGAGCAAAAGGAUAAGCCGCAGAGUCACAAGGCAGAAGCGAUGGCCCUUUUUCGAAAACCGUCGCUGCAGCUACUGUGCCUCGCCAUGUUCAUUACAUACUUUGGCAUGUUCUCGCCGUUUUUCUACACGACUUCCUACGCGGUUGAGAAAGGAUUCUCGACAUCUCUGGCAUUCUAUACUGUUUCCAUUGUGAAUGGGGCUUCAUUCUUCGGUCGAGUCCUCCCUGGCAUCGUUGCCGACAAGUACGGAAAAUUCAACUGUUGCAUCAUAGCAACUAUAUCCGCAGGGGUUGUUGCAUUGUGCUGGACUAAAGUCACAUCUGUGGCCGGUCUGGUAAUUUGGUCCGCUGCCUAUGGCUUUGCGUCUGGAGGCAUUUUAUCCCUCCAGCAAGCUUGUGCCGCCCAGGUUGCUACUUCUACCACUCUUGGCUUGGCAAUUGGGACUGUGUCGGGUGCCACAGCUCUAUCCGCUAUGGCAAAUGUGCCCAUCAGUGGUGCUCUGCUCGAGAAGUACGGGUACCUUUCCCUGUCAAUAUUUUCAGGGGUAUCCUUGCUACUAGGUGGCUUGCUUUUGAUUGCUGCACGUCUAGUACAGAACAGAGAGCUUCGAGCUAUCGUGUAA